GUUCCCAGAUGGUCAGAAGACGCGUCAAUCAUUGUAGAAGCUUCUCCCUCGUUUGUCCUGUUAUUUCUCUUUUCUCCCCUUUGCGGCGAGUUUCAUUCGAUUUGCUGCAGGAUAUGAGAAAUGGCUCCGAAGUUAUAGCCUGCAGUAAGGGACCUCCUUCAAAGCCCUAAUAAUACCAAACGCAAGCUAAAAAAAUUACAAGGGAAAAUAGCUCCUGUGAAGCCACAGCUAGCGAGACGUAUGCAGAGGAAAAACUGAAACAAAAGUGCGUCCCUUUUAGCUGCAAAAGUGCGCGUAGGAAUAAUAAAGCAACACGUAUCCGGUGGGAUUCCAGUUGGAGAAAGAGAGGAGAGGAGAAAAGUGGGGGGCUGGAGGAAAGACUAGUGGAUAGAAACAAGUGAGACGCUAUAAGGGCAAAGAUUUGCUUUGCGUGGAGACCACAGAUUGUCGCAUUUUGUUUGUGCCCACUGCGCAUUUGUCAAAGGAAUUAUGAGGAGCACUUGGAUGAUCUAUACUCUCUGGUUGGCGGCCAUUCUUACCGGGGAAAGGAUAUUUGCCGUGGCGGAGUCGCCAGUCCCGGGGGACGACCUGUACCUGGACGACCAGCAGUCUGGAGACUACCCCGUAGACGACGAUGACUUCACGUCUGGCUCUGGCUCAGGCACCGGGGAAGUGACAGUGGAAGAAUCUGAGAAGACGCGUCUGAUCCCUGUCCUGAAGGCCCUGCCCACCCAGGACUCCACGAAGGAUUCCACACCCAGAGCAGAUGCGGCCACCUCCAGAGAGGCACCCAGAAACCCCGUGAGGACCGAGCCCCCAGCGCUGGUGACGGAUGAGCCCAAGAACAACGUCAGGACUUACCCCUCCCGCUCGCCCGGGGGACCGUUCGAAGUGCGGACCGAAAGCCUCUUCCAGCGGACUGAGGUGCUGGCAGCCGUUAUUGCUGGCGGGGUCAUCGGCUUUCUGUUUGCCAUCUUCCUCAUCCUCCUCUUGGUGUACCGCAUGAGGAAGAAGGACGAAGGGAGUUACGACCUGGGGGAGCGCAAGCCCUCUGGAGCAGCCUACCAGAAAGCCCCCACCAAGGAAUUCUACGCAUAACACCGCUACCCUCAAAGAACAACAGUAACCCCCCUGAAAAAAUAAUAAUCGCGAGCAGGAGAUCGACAUUCUGGUGUUGUUGGCAGUGACGAACUCGUUCAAAUAAGGUGAAAUUAUCGGGGAAAUAUUACGUAAAGGAAAGCUAUUACAUAGAGUAAUGUUACGAAGACUUUUUUUUCCUUUGUUUUUUUUUUAAUGCAAAGCCUAACCAGGCUUAUUUUAAAUCAAAUGCUAGUAUAUUUAAACGUUUUUGUGUAAUACAGGAACACAAGAGAGAGAACACAAGCGAAAUUUGUAAAAUGGAUAAAAUCGAUCCUUCAAAGAAGCAGUUUUUAGUCACUGACUACUUUUCAGCUAUAGCAGUAUGUAUUUGUAAAGAAAUUUUAAAGUGGAUAUAAUUGAAUAUAAUUAUUCUGCAUCCUAUUUUUCUUAUUGUCAUAGCAUGUCUGAAGUUGAUUUCAAAGGUGUAUUUCAUUAAUUUAUCUGUUUCCAGGUGUUAAUUGCCGUUCUGUAGUUGUCAUGAAGCUGCCGUGUCUUCACAUUAACUUGGAUAAUGUUCUGCUUUGUCUUUCGUUCCAACUUAGAAGGGUGAACAUUUCGCCAUUAUUGUCCCCCACCUUCCCCCGGUUGUUUUAUGUUGACGUAGUUUUAGGUCAUUACGCAGCGCAGCUCAUAUUUAAGGUGAUUAAGACUAGCUGCUGGAGGGCUCGCUUUGGGAGCAGGAAGUGACCCGUUCCUGCACACAGGUGACUUAGGGGUUUAUCUGUGACCGACGUGGUUACGGGCCGUGUGUCUGCAUUCGUGUGGUCUUCGUACACAUCCUGUCCGACACGUGGGUGCCUAUCCAACUGUGUCUCUAAAUUCCCGUCGGAUCGGACGGAGCUGUCAGUGACCCAGCCCCCCCCCUCCCCCCCCCCAGUAACUGACGUCGGCAUCUGCAUUCCGGACGUGUCGUUCGUUGGGAGAAUGUUCUCGUUUGGCCCUUUCGCUUCCGGAAUCUCGGUAGCUGCCCUUCUGGUUGCCCGUGCUAAUGAUCCCGAGGAAGAGGAGCUCAUCCCGCGCAGACCGUUGGCUUCGCGGCAGGUUUGCCAAUCGCUGCAGAGCGUGACCUGUGCCACUGAGUGACGCGGAGACCCUCCCGCCUGUCCCGGUGUGGAAAGCUUCUUAGGAUGAUCCAUUAAAUCCCCUCUCCCAGCUCUCCCUCAGCGCAUAAAGGGACAAGCAAGCCCAAAGAUGCCCAUUCUCUUAUCCUCCCUACAUAUGUCAAAGGUCAUGUAUGUGUGUUUUCCUUUUAUUUUGUCUGUUUUCAGUCUUAUUUUUAUUAGACCUGACCAUUGAGUCCAACUAGUAUAUGAAAGAAAAGUGUAUAAAUAUAUAUUCGCAAAUGUUUUUAGCCUUCAAAGUGCCUACCGUUCUGAGAUGUGCUCGUACCUGUGAGGGCUGGUAAGCGUGUCACCAACAUCACGGAGAGGGUGGAGGUUUUCCUAACAGCACACUUAUCUGUAAAGAUGACUAUUUUUAGUCUUACAAAAGCAGACAGUAUUGUACCUAUAAUUUCAAACACACUACUGAAUAAACAUUGUGGCCUAA